AUGUUCAGCAAGUGUAUCUAUCGAAUAUCUUAUCAUAUUUGGCUUACAUAUGGCUUCGGGCACCACUUGAGCUGGGUUCGUAUUUUUAAUCCUCGGCAAGAUUCUCCCUCACACUCAUCCAUUCUCUCUCUCUCUCUUACUCACUCACUCUCUCUAUUUCUCUCUUACUCACUCACUCUCUCUAUCUCUCUUACUCACUCUCUCUCUCUAUCUCUCUCUCUUACUCACUCUCUCUCUAUCUCUCUCUUACUCUCUCUCUCUCUUACUCACUCUCUCUCUCUCUAUUUCUCUCACUCUCUCUCUCUCUUACUCACUCUCUUACUCACUCUCUCUCUCUUACUCACUCACUCUCUCUCUCUUACUCACUCUCUCUCUCUAUCUCUCUCUUACUCACUCUCUCUCUAUCUCUCUCUUACUCACUCUCUCUCUAUCUCUCUCUUACUCACUCUCUCUAUCUCUCUCUCUCUUACUCACUCUCUCCCUCAGAUACGCUACGUUGAUAUCUUAAUUAGUCUCUGCCAGAAGAAUGCGACGAUCAUUUUUUUUCAGAUUUUUCAAUGUGCCUUUAAUAUUCGUUUUCUCUUCUUCGACAGUUCCGUCACAUUCUAUGAAUAUAUUUGCCAACACUCACAAGUAUCCAUAUUGCGGUUAGAGCGAGUUAGCAUAGGCAGGCGAAAACGGGUUGAAAUCUCUCUCUCUCUUUCUCUCUCUCUCUCUCUCUCUCUCUCUCUCUCUCAUUCGGGCCAACUGCACAUUUUCGAACAUGAUUUCAUUAACAUGCAACAUAUGUUUAUCUCUCUUUUUUAA